UCAUGUGUUUUGAAGCGUGGCCGGAGACCGAUGGUAGUCCUUACCGUGGUACUACUACUAGUGCUGGGGCUGCUCUGUUCGGAAAAAAUCACCAAACCGGAUAAAUUGUCUGUAUCAAAAUGACUCGGCAUCAGAGAAAUUGUACUGCAGGGACUGUUUACACAUAUCACGAACGGAAGAAAGACGCAGCCCAGUCAGGCUAUGGCACCAACAAGACCCGACUUGGAAAGGAUUCAGUGGGUGACUUUGACUGUUGUUGCCUGACGCUGCAGCCAUGUGCCAACCCGGUGAUAACGGAAGAGGGCUAUUUAUAUGACAAGGAGGCUAUCAUUGAAUACGUACUGAAGCAGAAGCAAGAGUAUGAACGUAGACUCAAGGAGUACCAUCGCCAGUGUCGCCUGCAUAAGGAGGAAGAGAGUCAGGCCAAGAAGUCUGCAAAAGAAGAGAAGGUGAAAGCCUUCAUUGAGAAAGAGCGCAGCAUCACGAGCAAACCCCUAAAUCCCUUCACCGAGGCUCCCCCAGCCAAGAAAGCGAGAACAGAAGAACCCAAACCAGUCACGCCAACCACCAGCACCAGCAGUGGUACCAGCAAUGGUGGUGACAAAGCCGAGGGCGCAACAAAAAACGGCGAGAAGAAGACCGAGCUCCCGAGCUUCUGGAUUCCCUCACUGACGCCAGAGGCCAAGGCCACUGCCGUUCAGAAACCUGACAAAACCGUCUUCUGUCCCAUGAGCAAGAAGCCGCUGAAAGUCAAGAACUUGAUCCCUGUCAGCUUCGUACGGGCCGACGACGCAAAUGACAAACGGCCACUGGUGGCCAAGCAGAUUCGCUACAAGUGCGCCGUCACCCACGACAUUCUUUCUAACAAGACGCCCUGCGCCGUGCUCAGGCCAAGCGGGAAGGUGGUGACGUUGGAUUGUGUGGAGAAGAUCAUCAAGAAAGACAUGAGAGAUCCCUUCACGGGGGACACUCUCCGAGAUAGCGACAUCAUCAAGAUCAAGCGGGGUGGAACUGGAUUUGCCAGCGCGGCUGAAACAUCGCUAGAGGCUCGGAAAGCACGACCGGUUAUGAUGGCUUCAUAACCUGCCAGCAUUGGCUUUAUUUAUGGGUCAGCCAUUUUGAAUCAGAAGCAAGGCAACCUGUACACAUGUUCUUUUAAAAAAACUUUACGUGUGGGACCAAAGAUGAUGCCACAGGGGCAAAUUAUAGAUUACAACCCUUGUGCUCCGAUGGGUAGUUUCAAUCGUCACUGUGCCUGAUAUUUUUCAAAGUGAGGCUCUACCUGUAAUGAUAGCAGAAAUAGUCAGGCUCCUUCCACAUGUAGAAUGUUCAAUAAACAAAGUGGAUUCAGGGAGCAUGAUCCAGAACGACCACUGCAUCUCUCGCACGAAUAAAGCUUUUUUCUGAACAUGCAAGGUUAAAAACACCACUGCUCUUUUGAAGGAGGCUUGAGAAAGAAACCCAUCGAGCAUGUGGAAUUUGAACUUUUGGAGUCAUUGACAGUUUCAUGGAGAGUCCCUUGUGUCCUGAAAGCUUGGGAAAAACCUGAUAAGAGAGUAGAAUGUCUGGUAUCUUGAUGCGAAGAUAAGCAACAGCCUGACAUUUCUUGGGAUGUUACUGGUUAUUUAGUACUAUGACCUGGAAACCAGGAAUUCACCACACGCAUGGCUGGGAAAACAGGAAUUGGUCUUUAGAUCCUGAAAAUCACUCAUAGAAAGUUACAUAACAUUUAAUCGGGUGAUCGCUCGGAGAUCAAGCAAUAGUGCAGAUCGACGGAUUGCACCUAAUAAUAACAUAGCUCCAUUCACUUCUACAUGGCCCGGUGUAAUAAAGUUUGUACAUAACCUGUACCAAACAGUCUGAUAAGGUGGACAGUUUUGCGUACCAUUUAGAAUGAUUGACUUGAAAUUAAAGGUAUUUCAUUGUCUCCUGUGCUGUUGGCCUAGCAGUUUGCCAAAGCAUCAAAUCCAGAAGGGUUUUCUACAUUUAUUAUAUCUAUUGCCUCAGACUGGUUUUUUUUGGCUUGAUUUUCGAUAGGCUAGUGAAGUCUGAAAAUUUUUAGUAAAAUAAAAAUGUUACCUUCCUUUUCCGUAUAAACCAUAAUUUGAAACCGAUAGAUCGGGGCUAAAACUUAACCGAACCCCAGGUGCAAACUUCUUGUCAGAAAGUCACUACAAUAGUCUUUCAAUGCAAAGCCAGCGAUACCCCGAUACCAUUUUUUAACCUAUUCCAACCGACCCCACACAUACCAGCCAGUUGCUAUCGGGGAGUCGUCGAUGGCUGUUCCACAUUUCGCAACCCUACAUGCCCUCAGCACUGAAGGAAGUUUUUGAGUGCACCAUUUUAUCAUUGCCAAGUAUACACGUUCACCAAAUGUUUUGUAUCAAUCCGAUUUCACUUGCAGAUAACGGGAUGCAGACUGCAAUUUUCUGGGGCUAGUGAAAUUCCGAACAUAAGGGUUGGUCCUUUUGUUUUAGUGACUGCAUUUUAUUAAAAAGGGAUGUUGUUAACCUGGCUAUGUACUUCUCAUAUUCGUUUGUUUUAACUGUCAGUGUGCUACGUGUACCUACCAAGAAAUGCGGGGGGGGGGUUGGUAAGGUGUCAACCGUUUGUGUUACAAGUUGGAUGUUGUAGUCACAUGGUGACAAUUUUAAGCAAUUGGUUUUCUUCUGCACAGC